ACAAAACACUAACAACAACAGCGCAGCGCGCCUGUGGCUGCGGCUGCAAGCACUAGCACUAGCCGGCCGCAGUCGAGUUGCUAGGUGAGCCGGAGGUGCUGUGACGGCUGGACUGGACAGCUUCCCACUGUGUCAUCCGAUUUGAAGUCGAGAAUGGUCGAUAAAACGCCGGUACUGUUCUCACCCCAUACUUUAAUGCCCCGCCCUCACCGCCCCGGGCCCGGCGGGCCGCCUGGUCUUCCCCCCCAAAGCCUGGAGAGCCGGCUGCAGGCGCUCGAGGACUACAGCCAGCGCACGUUCAAGCCCACGGACGCCGUGCUGCAGGAGGUGGUGCAGCGCGCGCGCCAGCACAACAUGCCCAACAUCCACGUGGGCAGGAUGGACGGCCUCACCAUGGAGGUGAUCAUCAGGAUGGCGGGCUACAAGAAGGGCGGGCUACUCCGGCAUUCUAAUCGCGCGAGCCCUCGGGCCCGGCGGCCACCUGCACUCCGUCGAGUACAACCCCGACUUCGCCGAGGUGGCGAGGGAGUCCUUCCGAAAGGCCGGCCUCGACGACAGAGUCACGGUGCAUGUCGGCAGGGCCUCUGAGGUGCUGGAGCAGCUCACGGAGCUGGGGCCGUUCGACGGCAUCUUCAUCGACGCCGACAAGAACAACUAUCCUGUGUAUCUGGACUGGGCCGAGAAGAACAUUCGCGUCGGCGGCGCCAUUUUCGGCGACAACACCUUCGGAUUCGGCCACGUGUGGCGAAAUCUGGACACCAUUCACGACCACCAUCUGAAGCCGGCCAUCGCCGGGGUGCAAACCUUCAACUCGCGCCUCGCGGACAACCCCAACUUCCGCGCCACCAUCCUGCCCACCGACCAGGGCCUGACCAUGGCCGUGCGGCUAAAGUGAGCGCCGACUGUCCCAAAACUAUGAGUGCUGUGUGAAGAAGUUAAAAAGAAGGUCGUCAUCAAAAGUUUGGGAAAAGUCACGAUUCGGACAGGACACGAACGCAAUGAGAGAUUUCGAAAUGUUAAUGGAAUGGAAAUGUACCUAAGAAUGACAAUUAUUAGCUCUAACAACAAAAAACAAAAUAUCACAAAAUAAAAGAAAAUGUACAGCUUAUUAUCUACACCA